CGCGGCGGUUGGGCAGGGGAAGUGGGUGUGCGUGUGUGAGUGAGUCGUGUGUGCGGUGCCCCGCCAUGGACGCGCGUAAACUGAGCGAGCUGCGGGCCUUCGUGCGGCUGUGCAAGCAGAACCCGGGCCUGCUGCACACCGAGGAGCUCGCCUUCCUCCGGGACUGGGUGGAGAGUAUGGGAGGCACAAUACCACCUGCUCCAGCCAAUGCCUCCACAGAGGAGACAAGGAAGGGCAAAGCAGAGGAACAGCCAGAGGAGCCGGUUAAACCGCCUGAACCAGAAAGUGAAGAGAGUGACUUAGAAAUUGACAAUGAUGGAGUGAUUGAACCAGACAAUGAUGACCCACAAGAAAUGGGAGAUGAAAAUGUGGAGGUAACUGAAGAGAUGAUGGAUCAAGCAAAUGAGAAGAAGAUUGAAGCAAUAAAUGCUCUUAGUGAAGGUGAACUUCAGAAGGCUGUUGACUUGUUCACAGAUGCUAUCAAGCUGAAUCCUUGUUUGGCCAUCUUGUAUGCCAAGAGGGCAAGUGUUUUUGUGAAGCUGCAGAAGCCAAAUGCUGCCAUCAGAGAUUGUGACAGAGCCAUCAAGAUUAAUCCCGACUCGGCACAGACGUACAAAUGGAGGGGAAAAGCACAUAGACUGCUGGGUCACUGGGAGGAGGCUGCUCAUGAUCUUGCAUUAGCUUGUAAACUGGAUUAUGAUGAAGAUGCGAGUGCCAUGCUGAAGGAGGUGCAACCAAAAGCUCAGAAAAUUGCAGAACAUCGCCGAAAAUAUGAGCGGAAGCGUGAGGAAAAGGAAAUCAAGGAAAGAAUGGAAAGAGUGAAGAAGGCACGGGAGGAGCAUGAAAGAGCACAAAGGGAGGAAGAAGCAAGACGACAGGCAGGAGGAGCUCAGUUUGGUGGCUUCCCAGGUGGGUUUCCUGGGGCUAUGCCUGGAGGCAUGCCAGGAAUGGCAGGUAUGCCUGGUGUCAAUGAGAUUCUCAGUGAUCCAGAAGUCCUUGCUGCCAUGCAGGAUCCAGAAGUUAUGGCUGCAUUCCAAGAUGUUGCCCAGAAUCCAGCAAAUAUGUCCAAGUACCAGAACAAUCCCAAGGUCAUGAAUCUCAUCAGUAAAUUGUCUGCCAAAUUUGGCAGUAAACCAUAAAAUCCCUGGUUCUUAAAAAUCAUAUCUGAAUGGGAAGGAUUGAAUUUGGCUAACCAUUGUUGCAAUAAAACAAACCAUGGUACCUCUGAUCUUCUUAAGAAGAGAAACGGGGUGUUUUAAGGAGAGCUGUUCUAUGGCCCCAAGUGUUGACUUUAUUCAGUGAUUGGUUUAUAGCACCCAAACUACAUUCACAUGAUCUAGUUUCAACCAUCUCUCCUUACCCAAGAGUUACAAGCUUUUCCCAAGUAUUACAGUCAGUUUCCUUUGAAUGAACACUUCUGUAAGAAAUUAAUAAUACUCCAGGAGUGCAAGAUAAAAACCUACUGUUGUGUUGGUUUGGAUUUUUUUUUUAUUAUUUUUUUAAUUUUUAAUUAUUCUCAGUGAGCAAAGAGGAAGGAACUUUAAGGAACUUUAACAGUUAAAGUCUGUCUUAAUCUCUUUGGGACAGAAGAGUUGGCCUAGUCACAGUUAGCAAAGGUGGGACAAAUCUGAAAAAAUAACUGGAUGAAGGAAUUGUCUGCAAUCCAAGUCCUUUAUAUUUUCUAAGUGGGUGACUGACUUUAUAUAGUUAUUAAAGUUAUCAGUAUAACCAUGCAAGCUAGUUACACACUGGAACUUCUGGCAGUACUGCAAAUAAUGUAAUAUUUUGAUCACCAAAACUGUGCAACAAAGGUACAGUCCUGUCCUUUAUAUAACUUGGCAUGAAGUACAUAUUGCAGAGGCCACAGAGGUUUUGUUACUUGUUCAGUUGUUGUCCAGCACCUUUAUGUAAUGUAUUUACCAGCCUGGGUAUGGGAGAGCAGCUCACAAAAGUUCUUCUGCUCUUGUCUGUUCCCAGUUGUCAGGUCCUCCACUGGUUGCACUCCCCCUUCCUUGGGGCCACGCUUACCAGGUUUCACCUAUUUGGAAAUUUUAGGGAAGGAAUCAUGUUCCCGUCACUACCUCUGUCCCACUAAGCUCAAGCCAUCCAGAACAUGUAAAUGCAGAGUUAUAAAUCAGUGCAGGGGAGAAUCCCCGACAAAAUUGCAGCUCUGAGUUUGAGUCCUUACAAGCUUACUGAUUAAAAUUUCUUGGCCAAAGCCCUGCUGUCUCUUUAGAGGUGAUGACUCUUCUUUCACUGCAUACUGUAGUCUUCCAUUUUUCUUGUAUCCUUUUCUUUAACAAACAACAAACCAACAAAAAAAAAAAACCACAAAAAAAUCCCAAGAAACCAAACGCUUGUCAUGGUUUCAUAGUUGUAUGUUUUUGAGCUUGUGAUAUGGAGGAAAAGGUGAAGCUAAUUAGAGGAGACAGAAGGUUGUUCUAACACUUGCGGAUUAACAGCAUGGGUAUCUUUGGAGCGGUGUCUGUGCUGAUGAUGUUCAGUUCAUUUGUCUACCAGUAAAGACAGUUGUUGCUUCUGUUUGUCUUAGCUAAAGCAUGAUGUUUCUGUGUAAAAAAGACCAGUUACCUGUUCAUCCCUUAAGACUCAAUGUUUGUGUUACUUUUUUGUAAUUCUGUAUCUUAAGCCAUAACUAAGGUUAGCAGUUCAAAAUAAAUCUGGAUUGGUGUAGGAACUCAACUACAGUUGCAAAAAAUAAAUCCCCAAAUGCUUUUUCUCAUACUAAUGACCCUGCAGAAUGAAAUGUGAAUCUUUUUGCUUAAGAAAUAUAGUUCUGAAUACUUCUCUUAGCCUUUAAAAAAUAAAGUAUGGUUUUGAAAAA